UUUUGGGGUGUUUUUGAUGUCUGGGACGGGCGCUGGGCCGAGCCGCCGGCGCUGGGCUGCGUCUGCGGGGCGGGCACGGAGCCCGGGGGAGAGGGCUGCACCCCCUGUCCCCCCGGGACGUUCAAGGCGGAGCCGGGGGGGGGUCGCUGCCAGCCCUGCCCCCUCCAGAGCGAAGCCCCCUCCCCCGGGGCCGCCGCCUGCGCCUGCCGGGCGGGGUCGUACCGAGCCCCCGGGGAGGGGCCCCGGGAGCGCUGCUGGGCGCCCCCCUCGGCCCCCCGCGCCCUCCAGGCCCGGGUGAACGGCUCGGGGGUCCGGCUGUCCUGGAGCCCCCCGCGGGCCGGGGGCGACCACCCCGAGCUGCGCUACAGCGUGGGGUGCCGGGCGUGCCCCCCGGCCCUCGGGGAGCCCCCCGGCUGCGGCCCCUGCGGGCCCCUGGCCUGGGCGCCCCCUCCCCAGGGGCUGCGGACCCCCGGCGUCAGCGUGGGGGGGCUGCGGCCCAGGGUCACCUACAGCUUCAGGGUCAGCGCCCGCAGCGGGGUCAGCGCGGCCGCCGGGACCCCCGAGCCCCCCGCGGCCGAGAUCAACGUCACCGCCGGGGCCGAUGUGCCGCCGCCCGUGUCCGACGUGCUGCGGGUGGGGGCGGGGCCAGGGGGCGUCACCCUGGCCUGGCCCCGCCCCCCGGCCCCGCCCCCCGUGCUGGACUGGGAGGUCAAGUACUACGAGAAGUUGGGGGGCGGGGAGGGGCCCCCCCAGUUCCUGCGGGUGCCGCAGCCGCGGGCGGAGCUGGGGGGGCUCCGCCGGGGGGGGCUCUAUGGGGUGAGGGUCCGCGCCCGCUCCGAGGGCGGCUACGGCGACUUCGGGCCCGAGACCACCGUGAGCGCGCCGGGCGGCGAGGGGUCCCGGGGGUCCCCCGGGGGCGUCGUGGCCGGAGCCGCUGCCCUGGGGGGGCUCCUGGCGCUGCUGGGGGGGGCCCUGGCCUGGCUCAGGCGGGGGCGGCUCCGGGCGCAGAGGCAGCGACGCAGCCCCGGCCCCGGGGGGCUCGGUGGGAAGCUCUACAUCGACCCCCUCACCUACGAGGACCCCGAGGUGGCCCUGAGGGACUUCGCGCAGGAGAUCGACGUCACCUGCGUCACCAUCGAGGAGGUCAUCGGCGCAGGUGAGUUCGGCGAGGUGUGGCGCGGCCGCCUGGCGCUGCCGGGCCAGCCCGAGGCCGAGGUGGCGGUGAAGACGCUCAAGGGCGGCGCGGGCGAGCGGCAGCGCCGCGAGUUCCUGCGCGAGGCCGCGCGCAUGGCGCAGUUCCGGCACCCCAACGUGGUGCGGCUGCGCGGCGUGGUCAGCGCCGGGCCCCCCGCCAUGAUCGUCACCGAGUUCCUGCUGCACGGCGCCCUCGACGCCUUCCUCAGGGGCCGGGAGGGGACACUGUCCCCGCUCCAGCUGGUGGCCAUGCUGCGCGGCAUCGCCUCGGGCAUGCGUUACCUGUCCGAGGCGGGGUUCGUGCACCGGGACCUGGCGGCGCGGAACAUCCUGGUGGACGCGCACCUGGUGUGCAAAGUGUCCGACUUCGGGCUGUCCCGGGCGCUCACGGGGGACAGGGACAGCGACCCCACCUACACCAGCUCGCUGGGCGGGAAGAUCCCGAUCCGCUGGACGGCGCCCGAGGCCAUCGCCUCCCGCACCUUCACCUCGGCCAGCGACGCCUGGAGCUACGGCAUCGUCAUGUGGGAGGUGCUGAGCUUCGGGGAGCGCCCCUACUGGGACAUGUCCAACCAGGACGUGAUCAACGCCAUCGAGCAGGAUUACCGCCUGCCGCCGCCGCCGCGCUGCCCGCCGCCGCUGCACCGCCUGAUGCUGCAGUGCUGGCAGCGCCAGCGCCGCGCCCGCCCCACCUUCCCCGGCAUCGUGCGCGCCCUCGACCGCCUCAUCCGGCGCCCCGAGAGCCUCCGCGCGCCCCCCGAGGACCCCCAGGGGGACCUGCUGCGCGUGGGGGUGACGCUGGCCGGGCACCAGCAGCGGAUCCUGGAGGGCGCCCAGAGCCUGCAGAGCCCCCCCAAAGGGGACCCCGAGUGCUGACCCCGCCUCCGGCCCCGCCCAGGGCAAGAUGGCCGCCGGAAGCGGCGCUAAGGGAUGCAGCUGGUUGAGGGAGCAAGAUGGCUGCCAGGACAAUAUGGCUGCCAUGCAAUAUGGCUGCCAUCCAAUAUGGCUGCCAGGACAAUAUGGCCACCAUCCAAUAUGGCCACCAUCCAAUAUGGCCGCCAUCCAAUAUGGCCGCCAUCCAAUAUGGCUGCCGUGCAAUAUGGCUGCCAUCCAAUAUGGCCGCCCAUUCAAUAUGGCUGCCAGGACACUCUGGCCCCGCCCAUCGAUGACGUCACCUCGGCGAUCUCAGGGAAGGCGCCUGCGAGGGCGUGGCCAAACACGAGUGGGCGUGGCCAACGGCGAGUGGGCGUGGCCAAACACGAGUGGGUGUGGUACUGUGGGCGUGGCCACCGGUGGGCGUGGCCCCCUCGGUGCUUUUAUUGUCCCCAGCUCCGGUCACAGCCAAUAAACGCGGCUGAUGCAAAUGA